UUGACACAUCUCUCGGGUUUAUGGGAGAGAGACUUUAUAGGCAAAGGGUAGUGUCGCUCAUAAAACUUCUGUAAAUGUACGUGUUUGCAUUGAAUGCAUCGCUGGGCUCGUUAUAAUCCUGUGAUAUGAAACUUAUGAUUGUUUUAUAUGACGCUUACUUGUUAAAAUAGCUGGAUUAUGAGUAAUAAUUUAUUUGACAUAAGUUAUGUUGUGUUGAAAAAGUGCAUGUGAUUUUUUAUGGAAUGUACUCCUACAUUUUCUUCACGCGGCAUGUUUUGUUAUGGAAGUUAACAGUUCGAGUUUUCAAUCUGCACUAUGUCUAAAUCACAUUAGAGGAGAUUGAUUUUCCGAGUUUAAUAUUUGAUCAAAUCAGUAAUCGAGAAAAACAUACGAAAUGAUUAUUUUAGUGCGCCAUAAAUUUUUUGUUUGAAAUAAUACAGUAUUGUUGACAGAAUCGGAUUAACGUGUAUUUAAAAAUACACGGUGAUGCAAAUGAUGUGAUAUUUAAUUAAGUAAAUGUCAUAAUUCAUAGCUGUUUAUUUUUAACAGAGAUUAAAAAACCACUAUUACGGUUACUGAGGAGUAGCCCUUGGGAAUAUAAAGCUCAAAUGAUAAGAUGAUAAAAUGAUAAUGACAAGAGUAAAACGUGAUAUUCGUGAACUUCACAUUGUACCACGGAAUUUCGAUUAGGGAACAUAAAAAGAAAGCAUAAAUGUAUCACUGAAAUAAUGAGGCGAAGAUAAAUGCACUGCAUUCGUUUUUCUGUUUAAAUAAAUCUAUGCAGUAUAAACAUUGAAGUUAGGUUACGCAUCAUUUGGAAACAUAUAAUACAAAUGGAAUGUAUUUACAUAUUAUUAAUAGAUACACCGGACUGCAUGGUUUUCGCGUGUGCGAUGAGCGCAUAUUUUGAUUCAGAUAUUGCAUUGUUGUGCUUAUCAUUUAUAAAUUAGCGCUGUAUUGUACGCAGUUCGAGUUGAAAUCGAUAAUAAAGAAAAUGAAUGUGUGAUAACGAUAAGCCAGUGUCAAUAGAAAUUUUAGAACGGGUCCGCUACCACUAGAAAUGAAAUGAAUGAAAUGCAAAUGUAUCAGACAGGAUCGGUGAGUUUUAUUUGUUUAGCUCUGUAAUCGACUGAGGGAUCAUGUCGAAUAAGUGUGGAUUUAGGUUUACAUAAAGAAGACAUCGGCAGUGUAACAAACUUAUUGCGUGUACGCUAAGCGAAUCGAUACAUCGGGAGUUAAUAAUUCAGUGUACUAUAGCCGAAAAAAAUUGAAACAAGGAAAAAUACGCUACAAAAUAUGUGAUUUUGGAAAAUUAUUUCCGCCAUUUUAAGUGUAUAGCGCUUUUUAUGGAAUAAAAAUAUGCGAUAUGUGAUUAAAUUGACGGUAAUGAAUAUUAUUAUAGUCUGUAGAUUAAAUUGACGGUAAUGAAUAUUAUUAUAGUCUGUAUAUCAAAAUAAAUAUUCUUGUAAAAUAGGAAUAAGUGUAUAAUUAAAAACUAACUUGCCUGAUUAACAUAUACUAGUACAUUAAUUUAUUGUGAAUCUAUUGGAGGGGAAAGUUAAAUGUGAAGAUUUCGCUAGAAACCCGUAAAUGUGUGACUAAAUGAUAAAAUAAGAUAUUUCCACGUUGUGAUAUAAUGAAUCACAGCACGUCCAGACAGCCGGAGUCAACAAAACCACAAUGCUUCUCCCGUGAACACUCUCCAUCUUGCUUGAAUAAUUCCUGCGUGACGUCGAACAUUAAUAAUGAGAUCACACCGCGGUCGUCGUCAUUCACUGCCACAAGGUCCCAACGCGUUGCAACGACGUCAGUGGUGGAAAAUUCCUCUCCACGUCGACGUCAAAGCAGCGUCGGAAAUGUCAGACGGAAGAAGACGUUUUUCGAAAACGCUGCUAUUUCGGAUACCGAAGCUAGUUCGAUAAGAAACGUUCAACGAUUUAAUAAUGGCGCAAACAGGGGAAAUAAUUAUUCAUUUCAAUCAAAGGGAAAUAAUUACUAUGGUAAUGAUUCAUCUAGGAUCAAGAACGACCAUUUCUGUCCAGAACAGUCUAAUGAUGGUCCUCGUCGCUUUUCAAUGGAGGCGAAACAUACAGGUAUACAACAGAUUUCAGAGAUUGAUUCUGAUUCUCGGUAUUAUCAUUCAGACACUGAACCAAUACAAAGAAAAUGUUCACAUCAUCAAUCACAUCAUAGACAUUCCCGAGAUACGGUUCAUCAUUCAUAUCCAAAAUGUAGCAUUCCGUUUGAAAGCAGCACACCUUUUCGAAAUAACAAUGAAGGAAAGCAAGAAUCAUUGGAACAUGGAAGUAAUUACAGUGGUUCCCAAACAAGCAGUUAUAUUCAUUACGGCAACAGUGGAACAAAUUUGUCGGGUGAUUUAUAUAACGACAUCACUUACCCAUCUGGAAUAAGAAUCAUAAACGGGCACUUAAAUAGAAGCAAUAACAUGGAUCAGAGUUGUACCCGUAACAGGCGUUCAUAUAAUGAUUUUCCAAACAAAUAUUCAACGUCUAACUUCAACCAACAGCUUUCAUCAGGGGCAAAGUCAAAUACUUCUCAAGCAGAUAGUUUUCAGUGUGUUGUGACGUCGUGUAACGUCACAGUUAACCAAUCGAAUAUUUCUCCUCGUAUAAAAAGAGGUACAGAUAUUAGUGAGGUAAGCCCUAGCAAUAGGAUGGGUCUGUCGAUCGAACCCUACUUUCAGUCAACAACACAGUCAAGAGCAAUUCUUCCAGACAAGCCGAAUAUAUCGCAAAUAAGGAACUUACAAAGUAAUUCACAGUCAUUGACUGCAGCAUUAUGUCCCGAAACGUGUACUUCUCAAUCAAUUGAUAUUAGAACUUCUAACACAAAGUUCGACGUUUUGAAAAAUGCAAGGAGUAUUUCAAAUAUCGGGAGCACAUAUCAAGAAGUAGCGACCAAUACAAAUUAUAAAAAGAAAACCGAUGGAAGCGAUAAAAGUGUUCCUGGAAAAGUUUCUGGAGGGAAAAUACUUGUGACAGAAGUGCAGGUACACAAACCACCUGAUUCAAUACCAGAUGGUAUUAAUGACUUACCUGAUAUUUGUGGCGACAGUUAUAUACAUAACAAAGUACCUGUAAUAGAUUUAGAUGAGGAUAUUUUCGCAACUAUCAACAAUGUGAGUGCUUUUGUGACUAAGACCGGUUCAGAAAAGGGCCGUGACAUGUCGGAAUUUAAUCCCCAGAAUGUCCCUGUGAGUGACCCUAUGUCAUUCGGAAAAGGAUCAGAUGAUCCAGCGGAGAAACAAACAACAAAUUGGAACGGGGUCGUGCAGGAUUUAUUCUACAAUAUGGAUAACGUGGACCUAAAGACUGAUCCGUUAAUCGCGGAGCACAGCCAUGACUCUUCCUCCGGGAUAGCUUCUGACGUCACAAGCUCACACAACCAAUCAGCGACGAGGAUGUCCACUUUCAAGGGAGACAACUCGUCCAUGUCUUCCGCGGACCAACGAUUCUCCGACUCGUCGUUCGACCGCCAGUUUUCGGAUUCCUCUGUGUCCGUUGAGCGUCCGGCGUACAUCAAAAAACGACAGGGCGACGGGAAGUUUCCCUGGGCAUACACGCAUGGUGCUAAGGUCGCCCAACAGAACCGGAACAAUCGGGACCGCGCUCCCAUGUCUUCGGAUUCUAGCAGCGUCGGUUCUGACUACCCUCCCACACAUGUCAUUCCGACGGGUGCCCCGCCCUCGUACGAGUAUCAUAUACAGCUGCAGAAGCAAAAACAGUUCAUUCAUAGCAACAGUGAUUUACAAGACACGGACAAACUCAUGCUUACGUCCGGUAAAUGUAAGUCAAAAGUUCGCCCAUCGCCGUUCGACCUGAUGACAGAUGACGUCAUCGUGAGAGUCUUCUCUAACUUGCCAACGGACCAACUAUGCCGGUGUUCUUGUGUGUGCAAGCGGUGGUACCAACUCGCCUGGGACCCUCUGCUAUGGAAGAAAAUUGUGAUAAACAACAGUAAAGUGCACAUCGACCGUGCGCUGAAGUACCUCACGAAACGCUUGAGUUACAACACGCCAACCGUCUGUGUGAUAGUGGAAAGGAUUAAUCUGAACGGGUGUGAGAAACUGACAGAUAAAGGCGUGCACGCCAUCGCAAAAAGCUGCCCGGAACUAAGACAUUUAGAAAUUCAGGGCUGUGCUAACGUCACGAACACAGCCUUGUUUGAGGUGGCGUCGUACUGCGUCAAUCUGGAGUACCUCGACGUCACAGGUUGCCCUUGCGUGACGUGUAUCCGGUUGACAGACAAGCUCCUAGCGGCGGCGACGGCACCACAUCUUCGACAGAUCUACUUCCGCUACCUUGACAUGAGCGAGUGCUCGGCGCUCGACGACGCCGGCUUGGUCACUAUUUCCUCUUACUGCACGCAACUCCAGUACCUCUUCCUUCGGAAAUGCGCGCGCAUCGGGGAUCAAGGCGUCCAGGCUGUCUGUGAUAACUGUCCGAACAUCCGGGAGCUUAGUGUAAGCGACUGCAAGCGUCUCACUGAUUAUGGCGCUAGUGAGAUUUCUAAGCUAGGGGACAACUUGAGAUAUCUUAGUGUCGCGAAGUGCGAGAAAGUUUCAGACGUUGCGAUCAUUCAGAUCGCCCGCGGCUGCCGGAAGUUGCGCUAUCUGAACGCGCGCGGCUGCGAGGCGGUCUCUGACGAUUCAUUAGACACGAUAGCUAGAAAUCUGACACGUUUGAAAUCGUUAGACAUCGGGAAAUGUGACGUCACCGAUGAGGGCUUGGUGGCGUUAGCGUACUGUGGGCAGUUACGUAGACUCAGCGUCAAGUCUUGUGACGCCAUCACUGACCUGGGUAUCAUCACUAUUGCUCAACACUGCACAAAGUUGCAGCAGCUGAACAUCCAGGAUUGUCACGUGACGCUGGAAGCGUAUAGGACGGUUAAGAAGCACUGUAAGAGGUGUUUGAUUGAGCACACGAACCCGGGAUUCUGUUGAUCGCAGUGACGUUGCUAUGGAAACGACCAUGGGCUUUGAACGCUAGGCACUGACAGAUGGGAUGUUAACAGGUGUAUGAAGAUUGCUUUACCUUUACUAUUUAAAAUGAUAAAUUGUUUUUGUAAACAUCCUUAUUAUCAAUAAAGGACGAGAUUUUUUUCUCUCAGAAUACACACCAUCAUCAAAUAAUGACUUGUUUAUGAUUUACAAUUUUGAACGUAUGCGAACGCGAAGACAUAUGUAUUAGUUUAAGAUCUUUAUAAGAGUCAAUAUUUGCAAAAUAAGCACAGAUUUUGAAUUUAAAAUGUAAUUAAGCAAGGGAUUGUUUUCAAAGUUUUUUUCAUAAUCCGGAUAAGCCAGCGCUCAAAGCCCAGGACUUAAUCCGGGUUUAUACAUAAGCAGUAUUAGUGCCAACAUAUUAAUGAAGGAUCUGUGUUCGAACAUGUUUUUAUUGUUUAUUUUUGUUGUUGAGCUAUCAUUGUAAAUUACAUUUUCAGAUAUUUCAAACAAAUGAUUAUCAAAUAUGUAUUUUUACUGAAUGUUUUAUUCUCGUUAAGUAAAAUAGACAUCUUUAAGAGUUAUUAAUGAUAAAUAUCAGUUAAAUGAUAAUUUUAAUACACCACGCGCAGUUUAGCCUGUAUUUUCCUACAUUUGUGUUGACACAUGGGAAGCAACUCGUUAAAAGUUUGUAUCUUAAGUGUACAAGUUAUGGUUUUUUUCAAGCUCUUUAGUGCUAGAACAAACACUCGUGUUAAUUUAAACAUAAGAAUGAACCACUUUUUUAAUGUGUUAGAUAUGUAUAACAGUAUGCAUACUUUAUUCUGAACUACUUGCGAUAUUAUUGAAUAUAGAAAGCCAUUCAGAGUGAAUUUGUUCAUGUAUAAAUUCGUUUGUUUAUGUUAUAGAUUUAUACAUUCCAAAAUUAUGCAAUCUACUUAUAAAAGUAAUAAUAAAAAAUCACAAACAAC